UUGUGUCUGUGUCUGCGAUUUAAUUAAAUUACUUACGCAGCAAAGUUGUGCGCGUUAAUUAUGGCGACAGUGCGAAUACCCAGACAAAAAGUUAUACUAUGCGGGGACUAUGGCGUGGGCAAGAGUUCACUAUUUCGACGCUUCACCAACAACACGUUUGUUAGUGAAUCGGAUCGAAAGUCGACUCUUGGCCUGGAUCACAUAGAUCGGGAAUAUAAAGUUGGCGAUAAACAAAUAAAGCUCCAACUCUGGGAUACUGGUGGCAUGGAGCGUGUCGCUUCAGUAACAUCAUCUUACUAUAAAUUCGCAGAGGGUGCUAUUCUGGUUUUUGCUUUGGAUAAUGCAGCCUCCUUUCAUUCGCUUUCACAACACUUGCUUGAUAUUGUGACCUAUGCGGAGAAUGCGAAGAUCUUUAUAUGUGGUAAUAAAAGCGAUCUCGAGGGUCGUGAACCGGAAGUCAGUGACGAGGAGGUGGAAGCCUUUUGCGAACAAUGUCACACGCUGAUAAGUGCCACCUACAAGACAUCCUGUAAGAUUGGCGAGGGUAUCGACGAAAUGUUUCAGGACAUCUCACGUCAGCUGGUGCAGGCUAACCGCUCCAAAAUGGAGCUGCAUGCCCUUGAACAGAAAAGUUUUCAAAUCGAUACGGCCUCCGAGCCCGAGAUCAAUGAAGAGGGCACCUCGUGUAGUUGCUAGCAGUUGGGGAACAUUGAGUUUGGCUAAGAAGUUGACGCUGAACUCAAUGCAGACGCAUUUGUUUUAUAUAUUGAUUUAAUU